AUGGUCGUAGUAAUGGAAAAACCUACACUCAAAGUUUCUGUCUCUAAUAGCGAUUCAUCCUCGAGUGAGGAUGGAGAUGAAUCCGAUUUUGAAGAUCAGGAUUCGGGAGCGGACCAAGAGGGUGAAGAUGGAAAUAAUACAGACGACGAAUUGAUAAUAAAAAAUGAAGGGUGGGCGGAUUCCAUAUCAAAAAUUUUAGGUUCCAAUAAACCUAAAAACAAGAAAACUUUAGUAUUAUCCCGAGCAAAGAAAUUAGCUGAUGUUGUUAUCAAACCAAAAGAAGAAAAACCUACUUUUGAGGUUAUUGGAGAAGAAGUAAAAGAAGAUAAGCCAGAUAUUAAAAAAGAUGACACAAGUGUUUCAGAGCCACCGCCUAAAAAGAAGAGACAUGAAAAAUCAACAGUUCGAGUUAAACCAAAUAUACUAGAAAAAGACAGAGAGAGACUCUUAUCCAAAAUAGCCACAAAAGGUGUUGUACAAUUAUUUAAUGCUGUGAGAAAUCAACAAAAAACUUUUGAUAGAGAAAUGAGUAAAGAUAUACCAGAAGGUAAGAAAGAGAAAAUUAUGAAGAAAUUUGACAAACGGGCGUUCUUAGAUACACUGAUGGGACAGACAAAGUCUUUAAAUGUUGAGGAACAAACAAAAGCAAAGGAUGAGGUUAAAGAUGAAACUGAUAAACCAAAAUGGAACGCUCUGAGGGACGAUUUCAUGAUGGGAGCAAAAAUGAAAGAUUGGGAUAAAGAAUCAGUAGAUGAAUAA